AUGUCGGCCAACGGAAGCAUCAAGCGCAACACCCUCACUCAGGGCUUCUAUGUGCCCACGGUGGCAUUCUUCAAGCCCGAUGAGGAGGUGGAUAUCGCUGCCACUGAGAAGCAUGCUGCCUACCUGGCCCACAGCGGCGUCACCGGGUUGGUCGCCCAGGGAAGCAAUGGCGAGGCCGUUCAUCUCGAUCGCGAGGAGCGCAAUGCUAUAACCGCGGCCACACGCCGUGCAGUAGACGCCGCGGGAUAUCCGAACAUGCCAGUGAUUGCUGGUACUGGAGCUGCAUCGACUCGUGAGACCAUCCAAUUGUCCAAGGACGCCGGUGCCCACGGUGCCGACGCCGUCUUGGUCCUUCCUCCCAGUUACUAUAAGAGCUUGGUGGACACCGAGGCUCUGCACGCACACUUCACCGCCGUGGCUGACGCUUCGCCUGUCCCCGUUCUCAUCUAUAAUUUCCCCGGUGCAUCAUCAGGACUUGACUUGUCUUCCGACGACAUCCUGACACUAUCCAAGCACCCCAACAUUCUGGGCUGCAAGCUCACCUGCGGCAACACUGGAAAACUAGCUCGCAUCGCUGCCGGGUCCAAGCCCGAGUUCUUGACCUUCGGUGGCUCGGCCGACUUCACUCUGCAGACCAUGAUUGCUGGAGGUGAUGGUAUUAUCGGUGGCACUGCCAAUCUGAUUCCGCGGUCCUGUGUUCGGCUCAUGGAGCUCUACCGUAAUGGCAAGUUAGAAGAAGCACAGAAGUUGCAAGCAGUGAUAGCCCGCGCCGACUGGGUUGCGAUUAAUCGUGGCUUCAUUGCGGUCAAGAGCGGGUUGCAAUCAUACCGCGGAUACGGUGGCCUUCCUCGACGUCCGUGUGUUGCCCCCUCUAAUGCGACCACGGCGACCAUCCAAGAGGAGUUCCGUGAGGGUCUGGAGAUGGAGCGUGCGCUGGAGAAGUCCGCAUAG